CUCCCUCCUCCUCCUUCUUCUGCAAUCUGCCCUCUUUCUCUCGUCCACACUCUCUUCAUUCCGCCACCUUACCGCAGACAUCAUGGCAGAGGCCUUUGUGGGGACAUGGAACCUGAAAAGCAGCGAAAAUUUUGAUGAAUACAUGAAGGUUCUGGGCGUGGGAUUCGCCACUCGCAAGGUGGGCAACCUGACCAAGCCCACCACCAUCAUUUCGGUGGAGGGCGACACGGUGAAGAUCCAGACGCAAAGCACUAUCAAGAACACGGAGCUCUCCUUCAAGCUGGGCGAAGAGUUUGACGAGACCACCGCUGAUAACAGGAAAGUCAAGUCUGUGGUGACAAUAGAUGGCGGCAAGCUAGUUCACAUCCAGCGGUGGGACGGCAAGGAGACCAGCCUGGUUCGCGAAGUCAACGGUAACGCCCUCACUCUGACGCUAACGAUGGGCGACGUCGUUAGCACGCGCUCAUAUGAGAAAGCAGAGUGAAGACACCUUUUCCAACACUUCUCCGCUCAAACUGCAUCCAAAGAGUGUCAACUCACAUUUCCUUCAGUAUUAUUCACACUACCUGUGGAGCCUUCCUGUUGCAAACACUGUUGUUUUUCUGUGGUGUAUCCCAAUGAUAUGUUUUUUCCCUUUGUUUGGAUUUAAGAUGUUCAAUUUCAAAUCUGGAAAUGUUUUCAAGUGAAAUGUUGGGAUUGAGUAAAAAAAAAAAAAAAAAAAAAAAA